AGGCUGGCUUAAAAGGAGACAUUGUUGCAGAGCAUCAUUCUGUGGUGCAUCACUUCCCCCACGCAGCAUUUAGAGGUUGAAUCCACAUUGUAAAGAUGCCUGAGCAAGAGAAAAAGUCCAAGAUUUCAGCCUCCCGCAAGCUGAUGCUAAAGAGCCUGAUGGUUGCUAAAGCUAAAGAGGAGCUGGAGCAGGAGCUGAUAGAUAAGGAGGAGGAGAAGCAGAGGUAUCUGGAUGAGAAAAUCCCUGCCCUACAGACCAGCAGCAUGUCCUUCGCGGAGCUCCAGGAACUGUGUCAAGAGCUUCAUGCCAAGAUAGACGUGGUGGAUGAAGAGCGCUACGACAUUGAAGCCAAAGUGCUGCAUAACACCAGAGAGAUAAAAGAUCUCAACAUCAAAGUUCUGGACCUGAGGGGGAAAUUCAAGCGGCCUAACCUCAGGAGGGUGAGGGUCUCAGCAGACGCUAUCCUACGCUCGCUCUUGGGCUCCAAACACAAAGUAUCUCUGGACCUGAGAGCGAACCUCAAAUCAGUCAAGAAAGAGGACACAGAGAAGGAAAAGACAGUGGAAGUCAGUGACUGGAGGAAGAAUGUGGAGGCAAUGUCUGGAAUGGAGGGCCGCAAGAAGAUGUUUGAUGCCGCCAAGGGGCCAACGCAGUGAACGAGUCAUUAAGUCGAUACUCAGGAGGUGAUGCUGAUGCCUGCCUGCUGAAGCCAUGCGUUACGGAAGAUCAUCCACAUUACUGCCUGCACAUUAUUGAUGUUUAUAAAUGUAUUCUUACUGUAUAUGUAUUACAAGCAUCUAUAAAUCAGUCUCAAAUAAUUUUAUUAUUCUGCGUGGCUUGUUUUACAUUGCUGUGCCUUGCAUACUAGCCUGUCCAGUAUAUCCUUAGACGAUUACAUUUUCUGAGGCUUUGCAAAAGUGCAUGGAAAUAAUAUGGAAAUAAUAAGGAUAAUUCAAAUGGACAUGAACGUUCCCCAUUCAAUCAGACUUGAUCAGGAAACUGCUCUGAUUCGUCGGUCCAGACUUAUGUUUUAUUGUGACCUCCUCAAUAAAAUAUUUUCGAUAAAG